AUGUCGCACGCGUCGGUCGCGCGGCUCCCCGGAGCGGUAUGGGUCGGACGCGCGGGCGUCUCGACGCGCGCGCGUCGCGACGUCCCCGCGCUCCGCGCGUCGCGGCGAUGCCUCGGAGACGUUCGAAAUCUUCGAGCGCGUCGGGAGGGUGAUAAAGCGCCUCGACGCCGCGUCGAUCGCGGCGCGGCGGCGCGUCGCGACGUCGUCGCGAUCGCGUCGCCGCCGUCGUGGGGCGCGUGGAAUCCGACGCCGUCGACGACCGACGUCGUCCCCGGCGGCCUCGCGUCGUCGCUCCCGACGAACCCGUCGGCGCCGUCGUCGUCGUCCGCGCGCUCGUCGCGACGCGGCGUCGCGACGCGGGCGCUGCCUUUCGCGCUCGCGCCCGUGCUCGUCGCGCGCGCGCUCCUCGCGUUCAUGUGGUCCUCCAUCGCGGCCGUCCUCGCGGACCGGGCGCUGUCGCUCGCCAUCUUCGGCACGUGCGCGGUGCUGAUCGCGCUCACCGCGGUCAGAUACGCCGGGUUCAAGCCGAGGGUGACGCUGUCGCGCUCGACGCGAAUGGCGGCUCUCGUCGCGGCGUCGCCGACGAUUCACAGACCGCUGCGGCCGCCGCUUCUGUUGCAGUGGAGCGUCACGCAGCUCGCGGCGUACCUGCUGAAGCAGAAGUUCGUCCCGAACGUGACGUGGCGGCGGACGCUCCUGGACACCCCGGACGGCGGCGAGAUCGCCCUGGACUGGUACCAAGGCUGCGACGCGGACGACGCGAAAGGACUCCGACAGGUGAGUUCUUAG